GAGAACGCAGAGGCUAGCGAGCGCGCUAGCCAGUUUUGUUCUCCCGUUUGAAAUUAAUCUCGUUUUAUUAUGGCCACAAUGUCCGGAGGAACAAAUCUCGGUAUUACCGGGACGAGUCACAUCAGCUCCGGGGUGGCGGCGCAUCGGAAAAAAGACAGUAGUCUGUCCUUCAGGUUCUGGGAGAGUCCGGAUACUUUAGCCCAACUGGAGGUGGUGCGACAGUGGAUCGGAAAGCACUACAAAAAGUUUGUGUUGGUGGAUGCUCCAUCAUGUCAGGUCCUGGCUGCAGUCACUGUGCAGCUUCUCCAGUUCCAGGAAGAUGCUUUUGGCCGACAAGCAACCAGUCCCGCUCUUACCAAACUGCCUGCACAAUGCUUCUUGGACUUGAGACCAGCUGGAGGCCUCUGCCACAUUCUUGGAACUGCUUACAAGUUUAAGGCCGAGCAAGGCUGGCGGAGGUUUGAUUUGCAGAACCCCUCAAGAACUGAGAGGAAUGUGGAGAUGUUUGGCGCAAUUAAAGAGGCACUGAUACAGAACAGCUGUAUGUCACUACCUGUGAUAUAUUUGGACUCCACACUGGAUCAGGAGUUGGCAAGCAGAUUGACCAAUAUCAUCACCAAUCACAAGGGUACACUCACUGAGGAGCAAACACUCGCCAGCCACCACAUCUACCCCUUACCUGCCUCUGCCGAGGAAGAUGAAUGGAUGCGUCCUGUCAUGCGAAAAGACAAGCAUGUCUUAGUGCACUGGGGCAUGCACCCUGACAGUUACGACAGCUGGUUAUCCUCAAGUGAUGUUGAAGGAGAGGUUGAAGAGCCACCACAUCAAGACAGACCCUGGAGGGUCCAUGCUAGUUGGGUUCUGGAUACCGAUGUUUUCAACGAGUGGAUGAAUGAGGAAGACUACUGGGUGGAUGAGGGGAAUCUACCAUUAAUCUUUCGCCAGCGUAUUCUCCUCCAAGAUGCCCAGGAUGCAAAGUCCACACCAUCAAAAAAGAGAAGACGAUCCCCCUCACCUCCUUCCUCUGAAGGCAGGAAGAAAGGAAAGAAAGGAAGAAGACGAGGACAACAGGAGGAGGAGCCAGAAGAGGAUCUGACAAAAGACAUGGAGGACCCUACCCCUGUUCCUAAUAUGGAGGAGGUCAUGCUACCCAAGAAUGUCAACCUUAAGAAAGACAGUGAGAAUACACCGGUCAAAGGAGGCACUAUGACUGACCUGGAUGAACUGGAGGAUGAUUUUCUUGGAAGGGAGGAUGACGAGGGAAGAGGAGAGAUGCCACGGCUAUCAGAGGGAGAGGACAGUAUCACAGAACAAACUCAUCACAUUAUUAUACCAAGCUUCACAUCUUGGUUCAAUUACAACAGCAUUCAUCUAAUCGAGAAACGGGCUCUUCCUGAAUUCUUCAAUGGAAAGAACAAAUCAAAGUCUCCAGAAAUCUUCUUGGCAUACCGCAACUUCAUGAUCGACACAUACCGGCUUAACCCCCAGGAGUACCUCAGUUCAACGUCCUGUAGACGCAACCUCACCGGAGACGUCUGUGCUGUCAUCAGGGUUCAUGCGUUUUUGGAGCAGUGGGGUUUGAUUAAUUACCAAGUGGAUGCAGAGAGCAGACCCCUCCCAAUGGGACCCCCACCUACUCCUCAUUUCAACGUACUGGCUGACACACCGUCCGGGCUCGCCCCCCUACAACACAAACCCCUGCAGGUGACUGCUUCGCAGCAUAUGUUGUAUUUCCCAGAAAAGAGCAGAGAAAAGCCACCAGACUGCCUGAACUUUGGUCUGCGCACCGACAUUUACACCCGGAAACACCCUAAGACUAAAGGAGCCAGUGCAGGAAGGGAAUGGACAGAGCAAGAGACACUGUUGCUUUUAGAGGCCUUAGAGGUUUACAGAGAUGACUGGAACAAAGUGUCCGAGCAUGUUGGUUCCAGAACGCAGGACGAGUGUAUCCUCCACUUCCUGCGUCUGCCAAUAGAAGACCCUUAUCUAGAGGACUCCUCGGCCUCUCUGGGUCCUCUGGCAUUUCAGCCCGUGCCUUUCAGUCAAUCAGAAAACCCUGUUAUGAGCACCGUGGCCUUCCUGGCAUCUGUGGUCGACCCACGGGUGGCGUCAUCUGCAGCCAAGGCUGCACUGGAGGAGUUUUCCAGAGUCCAGGAAGACUCGGCAGAUAAGAUCUUAGAACUGUCCAACCAGCCUGAAAAAACAGAAUUGAUGGAUCCAGAAAAAAUUGAGCCAAACCUGGCCUCCCUUCAGGUCGCUGGAACAACAGAUGGCAAUAUGGAACCCAGUGGGGCAAAACUGGAGGGAGAUCUAGUCAAAAGGGAAAAUGUAGAAAAUAUGCUUGAGACAGAUGAAAGGGGAGAUGAUGACGAGAGCAUAGAGCAGCGAGAGGGAGACAGGGAUGAGGGGAGAAGAACGAUGGAGCUGGAUCUAGUGGAGGGCAGUGUUACCACGGCAGCAGCUGCUGCUCUCGCCUCAGCUGCCACAAAGGCCAAGCACUUGGCGGCAGUGGAAGAGAGGAAGAUCAAGUCCCUGGUGGCGUUGCUGGUGGAGACUCAGAUGAAGAAGCUGGAGAUCAAGCUGAGACACUUUGAGGAGCUGGAGACCAUUAUGGAUCGCGAGAAAGAAGCUCUGGAGCAGCAGAGGCAGCAGCUCCUUUCAGAGAGACAGACUUUUCACACAGAGCAGCUGAAGCAAGCAGAGAUGAAGGUCCGCCAGCAGAGGGAGCAGCAGGGGCAGCCGGGAUACACAAUGCCGCAUUCAGGCCAGUCGAUGCCCAACCGGAUGAUGACCAGUGGAGGCAACACCCAGUCAAUGGCUCCCAGACACCCUGGAGCUCCCAAUGGCAUGUACCCGUCCUCACAGGCCGAUGGGAUCACACCAGCUCAGCCCGGUCCUCCCGCGUCCACGCACAGCUGAGAGAACUACAGAACAAGACACACAAACACACACAUUUCAUCAAUCCUCCUGCCAGCGGGAUACAAAAUUAAAAAUGUAACACAGGCAUAAAUGUUCCGGGACAGCAGCUUAAAGUUAAAAGUUAAAAUCCUCAGCAGUCUUUAUAAAUAUUGAAAUAUUUGUUCUCUGUUGUCAGAGUUGAGAGAUUUGCAGAUUGAACUCAACUCAAUAAAGUUUUUUUUUAUAUA